AUGGUACACAACAAAUCAAACUUGAGUCUUGCAAAUAGAAGACAAUCCUCAUUUUUCAAUCAAUUACCCCCAGCCGAACCAGAUGUUUAUUACAUUGGGGUCGAUGUCGGUACUGGUUCAGCUCGUGCUUGUUUAAUUGAUACCAAUGGUAUCAUUUUGGGUUUAGCAGAACGUCCAAUUAAACGUCAAGAAUUGCAAUCCAACUAUAUCACUCAAAACUCCACUGAAAUUUGGAACGCUAUCUGUUACUGUGUUAAGUCGUGUCUUAGAGAUUCAGGGGUCGAUGCUCUGGAAGUAUUCGGAAUUGGUUUUGAUGCUACUUGUUCUUUGGUCGCAAUCUCCAAACUGUCUGAUAAACCUGUUUCUGUUGGUCCUGAUUUCGAUGAUAAUGAAGAAAAUAUCAUCUUGUGGAUGGACCACCGUGCUGUUGAUGAAACCAAUGCAAUCAACGCUACUGGUGAUAAAUGUUUGAAAUAUGUUGGUGGUCAAAUGUCCAUUGAGAUGGAAUUACCAAAAAUGAAAUGGUUGAAACACCACAAGCCAGGUGGUAUUAAGGACUGUAAAUUUUACGAUUUGCCAGAUUUCUUGGUUCACAAGGCAACCGGAUUGGAAACCAGAAGUCAUUGUUCCGUCACUUGUAAACAAGGAUUCCUCCCACUUGGUGUCGAAGGUAGUAAAACUGGUUGGUCUGAAGAAUUCUUGAUGGAAAUCGACAUGCCAGAAUUGGUCGAAGAUGAUUUUGACAGAUUGGGUGGUAUUCCAGGUAAAAAUGGUAUUUAUUUGACUGCUGGUGAUGUCGUUGGUAACUUGACUGCCGAAUCUGCUGAAGAAUUGGGUUUAACUACUGAUUGUAUUGUUGGUUCACCAGUCAUCGAUGCUUAUGCUGGUUGGGUCGGUACUGUUGCUGCCAAAGCUGAUGUUCCAGUCUUGCAACAAGAAGACGCACAAUCUGACGGAUCAAUUGGUACUGCUUGUGGUAGAUUGGCAGCUGUUGCUGGUACUUCAACUUGUCAUCUUGCAAUGACUAAAGAACCUUGCUUUGUUCAUGGUGUUUGGGGUCCAUAUAAAAACGUUAUGGCAGAAGGCUAUUGGUUAGCAGAAGGUGGUCAAUCCAUUACUGGUCAAUUGCUUGCACAUGUUUUAGCUAUUCACCCAGCUAACCAAACCUUGAUUAGAAGUGCUGAACAAUCCAACAUUUCCAAGUUUGAUUUCUUGAAUAUGACAUUGGAAAACUUGGUUAAAGAAAAGAAAGAAAGAUCUGUUGUUUCAUUGGCUAAACAUAUGUUCUUCUAUGGUGAUUUCCAUGGUAACAGAUCUCCAAUUGCUGACCCAAGAAUGAGAGCAAACAUCAUUGGUCAAUCCAUGGACAAUUCUCUUCAAGAUUUGGCUCUUCAAUACUUUGGUGCUUGUGAAUUUAUUGCUCAACAAACUAGACAAAUUAUUGAAGAAAUGGAAAAAUCUGGCCACAAGAUCUCCAGUAUUUUCAUGAGUGGUGGCCAAUGUAGAAAUGGUUUGUUAAUGAGAUUGUUAGCUGACUGUACUGGAUUACCAGUUAUCAUUCCAAGAUACAUUGAUGCUGCAGUUGUUUUUGGGUCUGCUUUGUUGGGUGCCGUUGCUGCUGAAACUGCUGUUGCUGAAUAUUGUGCCGACAGAUUGAAAGCUAGAAGAGCUUCAAUUUUGAAUCCACCAAAACAGCACCAAGAUGGUAGUAGCUCUCCAUACACUGCUCCAUCAGCCACUUCUACUAGUAACUUGGCAACUUUAGCUUAUGUCGGUGGUGGUUCUCAUCAAGCUCUAUCUCAAUUGACACCAAUGAAUGAAGAAGCUGAUUACUUUAACCAAUCUACUCAACAACAACAACCACCACUUAAGGAUCCUAAACAUUCUUCUGCAAUCAAGAGUGAUGAUGAAUCUGAUGAAGAAGCUACUUUAUCAUUUGGUUCCAAGACUCAACAUCAACAAGGUGUUUUGAAAAAGAAGAUGGAUGCUAAGGCAGCCGAUACAAAACCAGGAUCUGCUUUAUGGCGUACAAUGGUUAAAUUGACUGGUCCAGGUAGAGUUAUUAACCCAAGUUCUAAAGAAGAUCCAGAUAGAAGACUUCUUAAUGAAAAAUUCAAGGUUUUCUUGGAACAAUGUGAAAGUCAAAGAAGAUUCAGAGAUAUGGUUGACAAGAUUGAAGAAGAAAAUAUUAAGAAUGCUAGUAAAUCAACCACUGCUACUGCUUAA